GGUAAAUUAUUUAUCUUAAUUAUAGAUAACAUAAGUGGAUUAUAAUAAAAGUAUAAAUUCGAAACAUUGUAGUCACUUCCCAUGAGUUUCAGUGACAAGUUAAUCUAAUUCAUCAAUAUGUUUCUUUUUAUCAUAUCCUUCCUGAUGUUAUCUCCGGGAAUAUUUGGCUAUGACGAGAAAUAUGACAGCGUGGAUGUGGACAAAAUUAUCUCUGACGAUGCUGUAUUUCUUGCCUACAUCAAUUGUUUUCUUGACAAAGGUCCUUGUGACAAGGAGUAUGCGCAGGAUUAUCGAGAAAUGCUACCGGAAGUGAUCGCUACAGCUUGCGGCAAAUGUACAGAAAUUCAAAAAAAGAAACUCCGAAAAUUUAUCACUGUAAUAUUCGAGAAAAAAGCAGCAUUAGCGGCUGAACUUCAGGCGAAAUAUGAUCCUGAGAGAAAAUUUAAAGAUAAAAUUGCCGCAUUGUUGAAGGACGAUUAAUGAUGAUUAGUACGGGAUGACAUUUAAAAAUGCGAACUUCUUUCUUUGUUAGAAUUUUAUAUAGAAAUUCGCACUUUUAAAUAUUGCAGAUGCAACUAUGGACUGUUGCUAUUCAAAAUGGAAUUUGUGAUUUAAUAGUUUUUAAAUAAAUACUUGAAUA